GCGGCGGCGGCAGCCGCAGCAGCAGCAGUCCUGAGCCCAGGCUUUAGAGAGGAGGAAGGAGCCGCGUGCACGCUGGCGAAGGGACGGCGGGGAGCGCGCGCCGCACACAGCGGGGUGGAAGGAGAGAGAGAGCGCGCGGCGGCGGCAGUAGUUCGGGAGCGCGCGUGUGCCGCUCAGGGAGGGGAGCGGGGUCUGCGCGAGUCGGCGGCGGGCGGCGCUGGGUUCGCCGCCGGGAGCGAGCGAGCGAGCGGGGUGGGGGCGGGAGCGGGAGCGGGAGGAGGGGAUGAGCGCUUGGUUCCCCCUGGCCAGAGAGCCGCUCUCCGCAGCUGCCUGUGAAUGAACUGAAGCGAGGCCGCCGGCCCGCCGGCCCAGCCCCGCCGCGGAUCCCUCCCUACCCCGGCCCGCCCGGAGCGCGGGCCCUGCCCACUCCCCGGAGAGCCGGUGCCUUUGGCCGCCGCCGCCGCGGGAUUUCUGCAAACAUGUCAAAGAACUGAAGGAACAAGUCAUCAUGGGAGCAUUUUUAGACAAGCCAAAGAUGGAGAAGCAUAAUGCCCAAGGGCAGGGUAAUGGGCUACGUUAUGGGCUAAGUAGUAUGCAAGGUUGGCGAGUUGAGAUGGAGGAUGCACAUACAGCUGUUGUUGGUUUGCCAAAUGGACUUGAUGGAUGGUCAUUUUUUGCUGUAUAUGAUGGGCAUGCUGGAUCCCAGGUUGCCAAAUACUGCUGUGAGCAUUUAUUAGAUCACAUCACAAGCAACCAGGAUUUUAAAGGGUCCGAUGGACCACCUUCUGUGGAAAGUGUAAAGAAUGGAAUCAGAACAGGUUUUCUGCAAAUUGAUGAACAUAUGAGAGUAAUCUCUGAGAAGAAACAUGGUGCAGAUAGAAGUGGGUCAACAGCGGUGGGUGUCAUGAUUUCUCCUCAACAUACUUACUUCAUCAACUGUGGAGACUCGAGAGGUUUACUUUGUAGAAACAGGAAGGUUCACUUCUUCACACAAGAUCACAAACCAAGUAAUCCACUGGAGAAAGAGCGUAUACAGAAUGCAGGUGGUUCUGUAAUGAUUCAACGUGUGAAUGGCUCUCUUGCUGUGUCUAGAGCUCUUGGGGACUUUGAUUACAAAUGUGUCCAUGGGAAAGGCCCUACAGAGCAGCUUGUCUCACCUGAGCCUGAAGUUUACGAAAUUGAGAGAUCAGAAGAAGAUGAUCAGUUUAUCAUACUGGCUUGUGAUGGUAUCUGGGAUGUUAUGGGAAAUGAAGAGCUCUGUGACUUUGUAAGAUCCAGACUCGAAGUUACUGACGACCUUGAGAAAGUUUGCAAUGAGAUAGUCGACACCUGCUUGUACAAGGGAAGUCGAGACAACAUGAGUGUGAUUUUGAUCUGUUUUCCAAGUGCACCAAAGGUAUUGCCAGAGGCGGUGAAGAGAGAGGCAGAGUUGGACAAGUACCUGGAAAGCAGAGUAGAAGAGAUCAUAAAGAAGCAGGGUGAAGGAGUACCAGACUUAGUCCACGUGAUGCGUACGUUAGCAACUGAGAGCAUCCCAAACCUCCCGCCAGGGGGUGAAUUGGCAAGCAAACGGAGUGUGAUUGAAGCUGUUUAUAAUAGACUGAACCCCUAUAGAAAUGAUGAUGCUUCUGGAUUAUCCAGAAACUGCUGUCAUUUUGGGCACUCCAGACUUUAAAGGGUUCCUUCUUUUCUCUCUAUUAAGGACUCUGCAUCAACUGAUGAUAUGUGGUAAAAGUGCCCAUCUAGCUGUGGAGUUUACAUUCAUCCUCCAGUUGAAAGUGCGGCCCAACCUCAGUGACCCUUCUUAACGUCCAUCCUCAACUUUAUUUAAAGAAGGGAUUAUGAUGUGUUGGUGAGAGUGACUACACCAGAAAACUACAGCAGUACGACAUCUAGCCCAGGAACUGAUGUGUGCUUUUUUUUUUUUUUUUUUUUUUUUUUUUGUAAAACAGACUUCUGUAAACGUGAUUUCAAACCAUAAUUCAUGUUGUAAAUCAGACUCCAGCAAUUUAUGUUGUAUGAUUUUGUUUUUGUAAAGUGCAAUUGUCCUUGUACAAAAUGCUCAUAUUUAAUUAAGAAUUGCUUUAAAUCACUAUAAAGGUUAGAAGAAAUGUUUGGCUUGUUGUGUGAUGCAACAAAUAUAUAGCCCUUUAAAUUUAUGUUGUGGUUUUGGAUUGCAAGGAGCAGCAGCCUAGCCAGCUAGAUGCUCAAGAGGUGCACAAAACUGUAAGAUUACUUUUUAUUUUAUAUAUAAAGAUGAACAUUUGGACAAUUUAUCCCAACUGUGUAUAUGAAUUUGCUUGGCAGUGGGGAAAGAUAACUAACAUACUACUCGUUCUCCAACAAACCUAUCUGUUUUCUAUUGCUAUUUACUAUGGUCCCAGUCCUGCUCCCACUUUAAAUCAGUGAGGGUUUUGGCUGUAACUUCAGUGGAAGCAGGAUCAUGCUGUAUAAUACAGAUCAAUCAUAAGUACAUGAAUUGUGAGGUUAGAAUGCCUUGAUUCUUUGCACCUCUUUUUUACAAACCCUUAGCCAAAAUUACUAAUCAGUUGAGCAAGAGGGAGCAACUUUCUACAUACAGUAGGAGUCUGCAGCAUUUUUAUUAUCCUGAUUGGCUGAGUCUGCUGCUGUUCCAAGUAAAAUAUUCUGAAUUCCAUUUUAUCAAUAAAGCUUGAUUUAACAAACAAACGAAAUUUAAUCUUAUAUGUGUAAUUCCUUUUUUCCUGCCUUUUGAAAUUGUGCCAUUGUAAAUGAAAUUUCACAUGUGAAAAAAUAUUUUUAAUAAUUGAUAGCCCAUUUUUAAAAUGGGGAGAACUUUGACUGUUGCCCAAGGCAUAGACAGACACUGGAGGAUAUAGUGGGUUUAAUCUGUUACUCUAUUUUACAUGGAUUUAUUUCAGGCUUUUUGUUUUUCACUGAGAUGAGCAUCAGUUUGAAUUUGCCUACUGUUUAAUGAAAAUACAUUUGUCAAAGCCUGACAAUCUUAACAUUUUAUGGCAUGUGUGUUUUUAAUUGACCCACUUAUUUAGAAUGAGAAACUAGUGGUUAAACAGUAUUUGUGAUUUGAAAUAUAGCAUGUUGACAAUAUGUAACCGUUGGUCAUUAAAGUUAAAUUCUAAAUUAAAAAUUUAUAAGGGUAAUAAACAUAAACUAAAUUGACUUAAGCUUAACUUUCUCCCAUUGAACAUACAAAAAGUAAGUUUUCAAAUCAGUUGUGUUUGCAAAACUACUGUUUUGUGCACCUUGUAUUCUUGUCGUCUUCAGUUAAGGAUAUUGUGUGUGUUGUUAAUAUUUAGUUUACUUUAAUCAUUCAGUAGGCAGAGUCCCCAAAAGGAAAAUCAGUAAAAAAUAUAAGUAGCUUGUAACACUUAACACAACUAAACAAAAAAUCAAAACUUGGUGUAAAAUUACUUUUUGAUAGGAAAAUGUAGUACAAUGCGUUUUGCUAUAUUUGUCUUUUCCCUAACAUUGAAUAUACAUAUUUGUAUAUAUAGCCUUAAAACUAAUGCAGAGUUAGGGAACUUUGAACAGUGAAAAAAUAACUUAUAGUAUCUCAGAAUUAAGUACAGUAUAUACAAGCAAAAUCUUUCUUUUAUCCCUCUUGUUUAUGUGGGGUGCUUAAACGUAACUUCAUUGUAUUCAGUUUGUAAUCUGUUCAAGCAUGAAUGAAGAAACCAUAAGCACUAUUUGUAUUUAUAAAUUUAUAGCAAUUUUUGGUUAAAGAACGAAUUCCUUACCUACCUACAAAUAAAUGCUUAAAAUGUCUAAUUUUGUUGUAGAGUGCAAAACUAUAAUAAUGUCAUAAGUUAUAGCUUCGCAAGCACCUAAUUAACAAAUGUAUUUAAUACUACACAGUAUACUAGUACAGAAAGCUAAACUUAUUUUUAGGAUUAGGCAGAUAAAGUUCUGUUCUUUACUUUUCUACAUAGACUAAAGUUUAGUUCUGGAAACUGCAAAACCUUGAACUGGACUGUGGAAACUUUGAGACCUAAAAUCUUUAAAAAUCACAAGCAAAGUUGUGGUAGAAAGCCAUACUUCAAAUAUAAUCACUUAAAAUGUGUCAUAAUGACAUACUGUGUACUAAAAGCAUUUUCAUACGAGUGGCCCUUCCUAAAAAUAUAAAGAACAUAAUUCUUCUGCUAUUGCUACUAGUGCUGUAACUAGGUUUGGAGGUAAAGGAGGAAUGUCUAUUACAAUCCUUUCUUUUUCUGCCUUAUGUUCAGCGCUUUUGUGUGGUCAGAGCACUGAAUCUAUUAUAUGUGCAUAAACACUGCCAUUCUCGGUACAGAUUUUGAUUACAAAAUACAUGUAUUAAGUACAUAAAACAUUUUUGCAAAGGAGUAGCUGGUCUUUUCAUGAAUCUGCAAAAAAAACAAACAAACAAAAAACCAACAACUUAAAAAGGCACUUUUGCACCUUUGUGCAUUUCCUUUUUGCACCAGUUAAACUUUUUUUAAUGCUAAAAACAUUAGCACCUCAGGGGCAAGGCAGCAGAAUUUUUGAAGUAUUGUGUGCUAUUUAUUUCCCUCGGGGAAAAGAUUCCUGUGUGACAAAAAUGCAAACAAUGUGCUGUUCAAAAAUGUAUUUUGAAUAGAUGUUCAAAAAGGAUGGUCCCAAUUUGCUUGUUUUUUAAAAGAAAUGACAUUUUGUAAAGCUAUUUUGCUUCAUAUGCCAUGCAAGUUUGUGUUUUUCUUUAUAUUUGACAGCUUCACUGUUUUCAGUUUCUGUGAAUAUUGUUAUAGUCGGAUUAAAUGUUUCACUGAUCAUUUUGGGAAAAUAUUGUACUGCUUUAUAGAUAACACUGUUUCAAAUAAUCUUAAACUACUCACUAAUUCAGCUUUGGGGAGGUAUUUUAUUCAAGGUAGAAUUUUAAAAUGUAUAACUUUUUUUAAAACCAGUGUCAAACUUAUUAAAUGCAAUUUCAUUUUUAAUAAAUGGGGCACUAGAUUUGCAAUUUGAAGUGCGUGGGAGACCCCUGCAUUCAUACAGAGUCCUGAAAAGUCUGGGUGCAGGACUCUUGUCAUGCAUUGUAAAUUGCAAAUCUAGGUCUUUUACAGUUGGCUUGCUGUGGUGCUAGUCCAUCAGUACCGCUAUAGAGAGCUUGUCACUUUGCCAUCGUUCAAUUUCAUCCUUCGGCGGAAGUCAGAAUCGGAGAAGAAUUUCAUCUGCAUGUUUUUAUAGUGUGCUGAAUUGGGGUAAUCCCAGGACAGUCAACCAUUACAGCAAGAUGUCUGAAGAAUAUUAGCCUGUAGUUCAGUAACUACAACACUCUCUCUUGAUGAUGAUUAUUUUUCUAACCUAUAGCACUUAACAUCUUGUAAUUAUGGAUAUUGACUGACUUUUGAACAUCAGAACUAUCUACUGCAAAGUUAAUGCAUCCUCAGUUGCAUAGGAUAAAAUAUGAAUAAAAAAGUUACUGGUCAUUUGCUCAGUCCAAGAAUUUGAAAAUUCAUAAGGUAAUUCAACAAAUUGAAAUAAGGAAUAUAGCAUUUAUUGCAAUUAUUUUUCUCCUGCUAGUGCCAUCUUAACUAAACUAAACUUUUGACUGUUACAUUAUGAAUAGGAUGGACAACAAGGCAACCUUGUGGCUGAACACUGUAGUUAAUCAUUUAAAAAAAAUAUUUUGGAACUAAAUCCUUUAGCAGCUCCUUGUAAGGGAGUGUAAAGGUCUUUGCCUGAAUAUCUCCUUAUAGAAUUGAUUUAAAAUGUAAGCAUUUUGCUUUAGUAUUAAACAUUCAUUUUUUGUUAAACCACUAUUGAAUAGAAGUUUCUUUAGCCUUACACAGGAGUGUCACACUGAAAAAAAAUUGGGUUAUUUUGCCUCUGGUAGCUCUGUACAAACAAAUUAUGAAGGCAUAAUUCCUCUCCUGAAGGGCUGACAAGAUGGUUGCUACCAUCUGCUGACUAAUAAGUAUCAGCUGUAAUUGAACUUUAUUCCCAAAUAUAUCAGCAUUCAUUCAUGCUGACCAAUGCUUCUUACUUUAAGAACCUUUUUACUAUAAAUAUUUUUUGCUGAUGAGUUGCUUCAUGGGAAAUAGAAAAUGUACUAUAUGUAGGUAAAGAGAACUGCAGUUGACAAAUUUAGUGUAAUGGAGUGGUCCAAUUUGCUGCCAGGCUUCACUUCACUUACAUGUGAAAAUGAUUUUUUUAGCCCCCAUUGUUAGUGUCUAAAAAUACAUGUUCAUAAAUUGUUGUUUGGUCUUCAUAGUGUUGGCUCAAAUUAGGUCACUUUUGAUUAGAUGGACUCUAAACACUUCAAAAAUUGAUGUUGUGAGAAAUGCUCAAACCGUGUGAAUUUUCUGAAUGCUGUGCUGAGCAAAAUGAAUGCCAUCUCUUAUGUGAACUGCAAAGCAAACAUGGAAAUUGAGUGAAGCUUAGAAGUGUGUGCUGACCAGACUACAGAAGAAUUCAACUCAGAAAUCAGACCUUGCAAUAAACUGCAUGAUUGGUCCCCUGAACUGAUCUGGAGCAUUUCUGAAGUUGAUGGGUCUCUGUGCAGGCACAGAAAUAUACCUGCUGUGGUUCUUUGCUGGGCUGCUUAGGUCUGCUUAAAUGAAAUUGCUUUGCUAUAUUGUCAGUGUGCGGUAAUGGUGAUUUCAGAGUCGUGUGCCAUGGCAAUUGCUGUCAUAGCAACUCUUGUAAGAAGCCGUAGUAAUUUUUUUUUU